CUCAAGGUUUUUUUUUUUUUUUUUUUUUUUUUUUUUUGCUAAAUGUCUUAUUCAUUAAUUUGUUCAAGUAAUGUACUUUAAUAUAAGAUCAUGCAUGUACACAAACCAAAAAAGAAAUAAUUAUAUACACAAAAAACCCACAAAAGUUCAAAUCAAACGUACAGCACACAUAAAGCAAUUCUGUAGAAACCAACAUAGCCCUUGAUUCACAGAUCACAAAUAUAAAGAUAUUUAAGGAAAGUGUAUGACAUAGUGUGAAUUAAUGAAUCUGGGGCCUGUUGUAUAAACUGCUAAGCCUAGUCUUAAAAUGUAGUCUUUUUUUCUUUAAGACUGUUCAUAACCUUUAUAAGUUAGUUAUAAAAAAAAAAUGUAGGUUGGUCUAAUUUGAUACUGAAAAGUAAGCAAUGGAUAAACAUAAUGGUCAUGUUUAUAGCCUAUCUGUAAAAUCACAUCAAUACAUUCUGGCAGUCACUUGUCGCCAACUAGUGGUGUAACAGUAUAACCUGCAGACGAUAUAAGACGAGUGAUAUGAAGUUCCGUCUACUAUAAUUAAAAAUAAUAAAAUAUAUAUAUUUUUUUUAUAGAUUUACUAUCAUAAUUAUUUUGUUUUUCGGAUGGGUAUAACGGGUGAACACUGAACAGAACACUCAUAAAACCCCGCUACACAUGUUCAUAUGUAUGGGGGCGUUCACACAAUGUCCUGCACGGUCACUGAAGCUCUGGGGGUUUUAUGAGUGUUCUGUUCACCCUGGUACUGUUUGAUUACUCGAGAUACCGUUACUUAGCACUUCACGCACUUCACACACCAUACACUCAAUGAAAUCAUCAUAAGGUGACCAUGAGCGGGUUUACUGGCAAGCGGACUGAAACUACAGAGCAUGUGGAGCUGCACGUGUUUUUUGUACCUGAUGAUCAGUUUGAUCGGAGGUUGAAUAAAGUUUCAGCGGAAGCUGUGGACACUUUCAUCUCAGCUGGAUUUAUCAGAGUGGAUUCAGAUGUGAGUCUGUCUGAUCUCAGAUCUGAUCUUGGAUCCUUUCUUGGGCUGGACAGAAUCACAGAGAGAUAUGUUUUUUUAAAAUGCGUUGGCAGAAGUUUGGCACUGGUUAAAUUCAGACAAGAGGGAGAACUGACAGUAAAAUCAUUCACUCCACCAUUUGCUCCUUUUCCUGAGCUCUACCUUUUACCCGUGGUAGAGAAUGACAGUGGCCUUUGCUCCAGCUCUCUAACCCCUGAUACUUUAUUAAGCAACACAGACCAUCACAGUCACGAUUUGCCAAGACCAUCAUGUGCACCUGGAAAGAUAAAAGAGCCUAUUAAAUUCCCCUCAAUCAAUAAAGGGCCUCAGCAAUCUGUCCUAAUGCAGGAUUCAGAGGAGAGUGAUGAAGAUGCAGAAUUCACUGACACUCCUCAUCUAACAUACAGUUCACAAGAUCAGAUGGAACCUGUAAACAAACAGCCUGACAGACAUCUUACUAAACAGGGUGGCGCUUUUCAAGUAGAAAUGGAUACAGCUGCAAAAAAGGAACAUUGUUUUAAAAGAAACAACAGAAACUCUGGAGCGCCCGAGGCAUUUGGGGAUUCCCAUGGACUGGCAAGGAAAUUCAAUAGUUCUCUGACACUGAAAUCAAGUGAAGAAAAAACAGAUGAUACGGUUCUUAUGAGUAGACCAACCUCUCCACUACCAGCAGAGAGCAGUUCUCCACUGUCUGUCUAUUCCCUGGAACGUUAUACACAGCAAACUACGACUAACAAUGAGCUGAUAAUGGAACUCAAGCUACUCAAAGAGCAAAGGAAGGAGCUUGAACAAACAAGGCAAGAGCUUUUGAAAAAGGGUAGAGAGCUUUUAGCUCUUAAAAGACAUCGCAGGAACCAAGCACGCGACAGGUGGAAGAGGCAAUAUUUUGACACUAAGAAGGCAACAACACUUCUUGAGGACACACUUAAGAGUGUACAACUGGAACUACACACCUUCUACAGUAAAAUGCUACAACAACUCCAAGCCAGAGAUGGUGCAAAACGACGAAUGCAAGCAAGGAAACAAUCAAGCACAAAGUUGAAGUUGAUAAUCCAGAUUAUGACGGAGAGCAGUGAAAUUGAUAAUCUGAGGAAAAAUGUGGAUGAUGCUAAAAUGAAACUGGCUACAGAGAUCAAGUUGAGAAAGCAAGCUGCCACAGAACUACCAUCCCUGAGAGCAGAACUGAUGCAAAAGAGAGCUCAGUUUUAA